AUGAAGUAUCUGACCCCUUGGCUUUGCCUAGCAACACUCGUCCUGUGCGGUGACCACGAUGACAUCUCGAGCCAGUUUGGAGCAGCGCGCGAGCUACGGACAUGGGAUGAAGCGUAUGCUCUUUCCAAAACAUUUGUGGCAAAAUUGAAUACUCUCGAGAAGAUAUCGCUGUCGUCUGGGUCUGGAAUUUCCUUUGGGCCCUGCAGUGGGAAUACCCAAGAUAUCGAUCGUUUAGGAUUUCGUGAGAUGUGUUUUCAAGAUGGGCCAGUUGGUGUUCGCGGCACUGACAAAGUGAGUGUUUUCCCCGCGGGAAUCACUACCGGCAGCACCUGGGAUAAGGAAUUGGUAUAUCUUCGAUCCCGGGCGAUGGGGGUUGAAAACCGCCUCAAGGGUGUCAACGUUGCUCUAGCCCCUGUUGCCGGAGGACUCGGAAGGGCACCGGCUGCGGGCCGUAAUUGGGAAGCGUUUGGUUCGGAUCCGUACCUGACUGGUGUGGCCAAUGCGGAGAGUGUUAAGGGACUCCAAGAUGAGGGUGUGAUAGCUUGUGCAAAGCAUUUCGUUGGAAAUGAGCAGGAGCGAUAUCGCCUCGUCAUCGAGAACAUACCCAAUUUGGACAGACCAAUAUUGGCAAGUUUGAGCAGUCAGAUCGAUGAACGAACUCUCAGAGAGCUCUACGAAUGGCCCUUUGUGGAUGCAGUUGAAGCUGGUGCUGGGAGUGUCAUGUGUUCCUACCAGCGGGUUAACAAUGAGUACUCUUGCGAAUCAACGACCCUUAUCCGUGACCACCUGAAGUCCAAUGCUUCAGGUGGUCUAAAUUUUAAGGGAUUUGUAAUGACAGACUGGUUCGCCUCUGCUAUACCAUCCCUUGCAGCUCGGGGAGGGGUGGAUGUAAUUAUGCCUGGAGAUAUUGGAGCGACUGGGACUGUUGCAGCGUUACUUCCAGCUUCUGAUGGUGCAAGUACAAAUGGUACAAGACUGGAUGAGAUGGUGAUCAGGUUGGUUGCUAGCUGGUAUAAGAUGCGACAAGAGACCAAUUGGCCGAAUGUGUCGUUCUCCACUUGGAGUUCAGAUGAGUUUGGCGUAUUUCUAGACCGUGGUUAUAUCGGCCAAAUCAACUUUCAUGUGCAAGCUGCCCAGCCCGCCCAUGCAACUCUGAUACGCAGGAUUGCAGCUGAGGGCACCACUCUCCUCAAGAAUACCGGAAGCCUUCCACUCUCCAGCACAGCUCUCUCAAUUGGUGUAUUCGGAAACGACGCAGGCCCAAUUCCAGAGUCCUCGUGCGGGACCUUUGGGGCCUGCUCGGCCGGGACCUUAGCAGUCGGCUGGGGCAGUGGCACUGGUACAUUUGAGUAUCUUAUUGAUCCUUUGCAAGCAAUCACGGCAAAGGCUGCGGACAUAGGCGCAGUUGUCGAGAGUGUGCUGGAUGACUAUGCGUAUACAGAGAUCCAGGAGAAAGCCGCGGGAAAGGAUGUUUGUUUUGCGUUUGUUAACUCCCGAUCUGGCGAGGGAACUAACUCAGUUGAGGGGAACUAUGGCGACCGUAAUAAUCUUACUGCCUGGAGAGACGGCGAUACGCUAGUCAAAACAGUUGCUGCCUCAUGUAGUAACACAGUGGUAGUGAUUCAUUCUGUUGGACCCAUCCUGGUUGAAGAAUGGAUUGAGAACCCGAACGUGACAGCUGUACUGCUUGCUCAUCUCCCGGGUCAGGAAAGCGGGAACUCACUUGUUGAUGUACUUUGGGGAGAUGUUAACCCGAGUGGAAAACUACCAUAUACCAUGGGCAAGACUGAGGAUGACUACUGCUGUAAGGUUCAGUACGACUGGACCGGGUUCCAACCAGAGCAAGAGUUCUCGGAGGGACUGUUUAUAGAUUAUAAGUGGUUUGAUAAGAACAACAUUGAGCCUAGGUUUGAGUUUGGUUAUGGAUUGUCCUACACAAACUUUACUUAUGACGCCAACUCCCUAACAAUCACAGAGCCUUUCGACGAGGUUGAUUCAACAGAUUUCAUGGCACCCCUCUUCAACAUUAGCGUCUCGAUCACAAACAGCGGCUCGGUCGCCGGCAAGGAAGUGGCACAACUGUACCUGAAGUAUCCAUCGUCGACGAACUCACCAGUGCGGCAACUGAGGGGCUUUGAGAAAUUAUCGCUGCAGCCAGGAGAGACGAAGACUGCGGUGUUUGUGGUCACUAAGAGGGAUGUCAGUUAUUGGGAUAGCGGUGAGUGGAAGGUUGCUAGGGGCACUCAGUAUGGAGUGGAAGUUAGCGCGAGUUCGAGGGAUGUUAGGGCAGAGGGUGUAGUGACGUUUUAG